AAUUUUUGGUGACUUUCAUUUUGACACAGGUUUUUUGAUCUUCUAGAUUUUACCAAUGAAGGGGAUGGUGAUAGACGAUUCACCCCUUGGUGAAAUCCCUGCCCGUGUUAAUAAAAUUAUUGUACAAGGCCUUAACAAGACAAAGGAUGAAUUUGUUAAGAAGAAAUUAGCAAAUAUUUUUCAAGCAGAAAAUGUUGCAGAGAUGCUGGUUUUGUGUCAGGCUGCCAAGAUUGACCUUAGAAGACUAGACAUCUUCAGAUCAGUUCAAGUCAACAUAGAUACAGCUAAAAAUGUGGAUGGAGAUGACAAAUACAAUGUGGUUUUUGAUGUGAAGGAGAAGCGGUGGUUUGGUGGUGGUGUACAUGCCACAUUUGGUGGUGACAACAAUGCCACAAUGGUGGGCAGUUUACAGAUGCCCAACACCUUUGGCCGAGCUGAGAAUGUGAGGUUGGAAUACAACAAAAGUCUUAAAGGGGACCAUGGUGGGGUUUUCCGCUUCAGCAAACCAUUGAAUGGUAACCCUGAUGUCAGGUUUUCUUCAUCUGUGUAUAAAAUGAACCUGGAGUAUCCGUGGAGUGGAUUCAAAGAAACCUGUAGAGGUCUAAAUAUGGACUUCACAUUUCCCUCCAAUCUAGGGGACCACUGUCUGCGAUGGGAGGGGGUUUGGAGGGACCUGAGAGCGCUCAACAGAACAACAUCCUUUACCGUCAGAGAACAGGCCGGCCACUCACUAAAGUCUAGCAUAAAACACCAGCUGACACGAGAUGAGAGAGACAGCCCUAUCUUACCCAGCCAAGGUUCUCUCUUUAAAAUGGAACAGGAAUUUGCAGGUCUGGGAGGAAAUGUAGAAUUCUUCAAACAUGAUAUGGAACUUCAGCUCAACAAGAAACUUAUACUAGACACAGUCGUACAGUUAUCAUUAUUGGGAGGAAUUAUGAAGAACCCCAAUCCAAACACAGAAAUACGCAUCAAUGACCGGUUCUUCCUAGGGGGGCCUUUAACCCUCCGAGGAUUCAACGCAAAGGGUGUCGGUCCUCACAGUGAAGGAAAUGCCCUUGGUGGCGACACUUACUGGGCUGCCGGACUCCACCUGUACACACCGCUACCAUUCAGACCUGGAAAAGGGGGAUUUGGGGACUUUUUCCGUACACAUUUCUUUAUCAAUGCCGGAAACGUCUAUAACAUACAAACAGAUAAGUCUUUCCUGGAGAACAUUAAGGGUUUGUCAGAGGAGUUCCGAUUAGCCUACGGAGCAGGGAUUGUGCUGAUGAUGGGGAACGUGGCACGACUGGAACUGAAUUAUGUAGUACCACUACGGGCCCAGAGCGGAGAUAGUGUAAAUCCAGGCCUGCAGUUUGGAAUAGGAGUUACCUUUAUGUGAUAACUUGUGAUCAUGUGACCUACAAAACAUCAUGUGACAUGACAGCAUACUGUGUGUUAACAUUAUUGUGUGUGAUUGAGUACCACAGAAGAAAAAAAUAAAAUAAAUACUUCAUA